CCCCGCCUCGCCCCGCUCCGCUCUCCCCUCGCAGCCCCGCAUGCAAAUCUCACCCGGCACCAGGAAGUCGAGCCCCGCGGCCGAGAGCCAACUGCCGCCGGCCCCGCCAGGUUCCGCCGCCGGCCGAACCCCUCUCCCGGCCGGCGGGACAGCGGCGCCGCGCCCCGCGGGCAGCCACUCCGCCGCACCGGCACGCCGCCGGACCCCCGACACCCCGCCCCGCGCCCCGCCGGUAGCCGUGGAGUUCGCUCGCUGCCCGUUCAACUUUCGCACCCGGGAAAGAAAUAUGGGAUGUAUAAAAUCAAAAAGGAAAGACAGUCUGCAUGGAGAUGGGCUAGAUUUGAAGAAUCAACCAGUACGUAAAACUGAACGAACUAUUUAUGUGAGGGAUCCAACGUCCAAUAAACAGCAAAGGCCAGCAAAUCAAGAAGUGCAACUGUUACCAGGACAGAGGUUUGUCAGUGAAGAAACAGAGGAACAUGGAGUCAUUGUGAUAGCUUUGUAUCCCUAUGAUGGCAUUCAUGAAGAUGACUUGUCCUUCAAAAAAGGAGAAAAGUUGAAAGUUAUUGAGGAACUGGGAGAAUGGUGGAAAGCAAAAUCUCUUACGACAAGGAAGGAAGGCUUCAUUCCCAGCAACUACGUAGCAAAAGUAAACACCUUGGAAACAGAAGAAUGGUUCUUCAAAGACAUAACCCGAAAAGAUGCUGAAAGACAACUCCUGGCUCCUGGAAAUGGUCCUGGAGCUUUCCUUAUCAGGGAAAGUGAAACAUUAAAAGGCAGCUACUCUCUCUCCAUAAGAGACUAUGAUCCACAGCAUGGCGAUGUUAUUAAGCACUACAAAAUUAGGAGUCUAGACAAUGGAGGAUUUUACAUCUCUCCAAGAAUAACUUUUCCCAGCAUCAAUGAUAUGAUCAAACAUUAUCAAAAGCAAUCAGAUGGCUUAUGCAGAAAGUUGGAAAAAGCUUGUAUUAGUCCCAAGCCUCAAAAACCAUGGGAUAAAGAUGCAUGGGAAAUUCCACGGGAAUCAAUUAAAUUAGUGAAGAAACUUGGAGCUGGUCAGUUUGGAGAAGUCUGGAUGGGUUACUAUCAUAACAGUACGAAAGUGGCUGUGAAGACUCUGAAGCCUGGAACAAUGUCUGUGCAAGCCUUUCUGGAGGAAGCCAACCUCAUGAAAACACUUCAGCAUGAUAAGCUCGUUAGGCUUUAUGCUGUAGUAACCAAAGAAGAACCUAUAUAUAUUAUAACAGAAUUCAUGGCUAAAGGAAGUUUGCUGGAUUUUCUGAAGAGUGAUGAAGGAAGUAAAUUGUUGCUUCCAAAGCUAAUCGACUUCUCUGCUCAGAUUGCAGAAGGGAUGGCAUACAUAGAAAGAAAAAAUUAUAUCCAUCGAGAUUUGAGGGCAGCGAAUGUUCUGGUUUCGGACUUACUGAUGUGCAAAAUUGCUGAUUUUGGACUAGCAAGAGUCAUUGAAGACAACGAAUAUACAGCAAGGGAAGGUGCAAAAUUCCCUAUUAAAUGGACAGCACCAGAGGCAAUUAACUAUGGAUCUUUCACAAUAAAAUCUGAUGUGUGGUCAUUUGGGAUUCUCCUGUAUGAAAUUGUUACAUAUGGAAAGAUUCCUUAUCCAGGUAUGAGCAAUUCAGAUGUGAUGGUUGCUCUGCAGCGUGGGUAUCGAAUGCCACGCAUGGAAACCUGUCCAGCUGAGCUUUACGAUAUCAUGAAAACGUGCUGGAAAGACAAAGCAGAAGAGAGGCCAACAUUUGAUUAUCUACAGAGCGUGCUUGAUGACUUCUACACAGCAACAGAAGGGCAGUAUCAACAACAGCCAUAGAACAAAGAACAUUUUUUCUGUUGACGUGGAUCAUUGGCACAGACUAUUAUUUGAACAGACUGGUCAAACCAAUUACUUCAAGUUUGGAUGUCUUAACUGAGUGUGGAAGCUGAAAUGCGGAAGGGAAGCAUACUUCUGCAGAGAAAUAAUCAUGGUUUUAUUUGGUUAGAACAGUUCCUCUAAAGAUCGAAGUUCUCCUUAAAUGCUCUGUGUUUUGCAUCCACAGAAACAUCCCGAACCAAGCAGGCUUUGUGGGGUGGGGAGGGAGGAGGAAAGCGAUCGCGCACUGGUACAGUUUGACGACGACUUCUUAGGAUCUAAGUCAUGGAAUACAUUACACAGAGACCUUUAUAAAAGGGGUGAGAGGAUGCAUGAACAGCUGUUUUCAAAAGAAAGAGUCAUGAAGGAGAACUUACAGAUGUAAGAUAUAGUGAUGUUCUUAAUCUUAUUUGAAAUACAGUAUAUUGCAAAAAUCAUUUUUAUAUCCUCCUUAUUUCACAGUAGUAGUGGGAGUACUGUUACCUCUUGUAAGACUUUCUAAAUUGUGUCAUAAUUUCCUUUAAGGAAGGGUUAUGUAUGUAAGUAAUUAUUUACACUGAAGAUAAUUCUGCAUUACUGCUGUAUUACUCAAAUUAAAAAUCAUUUUCAACACAUCGCACAGCCAUCACAGAAGCAGAAGUGCAAUAUGACCACACCCGAUGGCAGAAGCAACAGCACACCUAGCUCUGUAUCCAGCCUUCAUGUUCCCACAAGGCCAAAGUCACCACCUGAAGUCCAUGGGAAAGCACAGGAUUUUGAAGGAAGUUAAUACUUUUGUUGCAGUUGUUGAGACUGCUCAGUGAAAAUAUAUUCAUCUUACAUUUUUAAUCAUCUGUGAUUAUUAAAGCAUAUUCCUUAUAUUUUUGCUGCUUUAAUCAACUAACCUCAAAUCUAUUUUAAAGCUAAAACUAGCCCUAGCACUAUCAAAACCAAUUUGUGGAAAUAUGCAAUGGGAUAUCAAGUUACAGUGCAGUGACACUAUAGGUUUGUUGCUCAGUAUAGAAAUCUAAUUCAUAAAAGUGAAUGCAGUUUCCUAAGCGGCACAUAUAGAAUUGUUCCAUCAAAUUGCAAACAGCUGAGCUAGUGCAGUUGCAAUGUAACUACACCAUAGAUUAUUCUUUUUUUUUUUUCCUCCCCCCACCCCAUCCCCUCAAGGGACACUGGUUCUUACAGCUGAAACCUGGUAGACCUUUGCCACCCCUCAGCCCAAUUAUUUAGGCAACGGUACUCUGCAGAAGCUUAAAUCCCUUUCGAUAAAGCCUCAGUAUGCCUGCAGUUGAAGUUCAACAGCAUAAAUAUUCAUUGCUUUUCUUUUCCAUUGGCUUCCUUCAGUCAAACUGUGCAGUUUAAGCAGCCUGUCAGCUAAAUAUGUAAAUAGUUUCUAUUGUAUUUCUGUGAUUUUUAAUUUUAAUAAACACUUAAUCUGAA